GAAUAAUGUCAAAAGUGAAAAAAUCAAAAAACCAAUUAAGAAGAGAAAGAGCAAAACUCAAGAAAUUGAUAGCUAACGAAGAAAUAACCAAAUUGAAAAAUGACAUUAAAAAUGACAUUAAAAAUGAUAUUAAAAAUAAUACCCAGAAUGUUCAAUCCGAUAAUAUAAAUAAUAAAGAUCAAUUUAACCAAAUAGUCUUAAAUAAAGAUAUAGCACAGCUUAAAAAUGUAAACAAUAGUGUAUCUUCUGGAAAAAUACAGGCAGAUGCAUUCUUAGAAUCCAUUAAAAUGAGUCUCAAUGAAGGCAAUAUUUAUGAUGAUAAUACUCUUCCCAAUGAUAUCAACGAUGAUGAUGAAUUUCUCCCAUACAACCAGAGUAAUGGAAAAAUAUUCCAAUCUGAAAUUGAUAAAUAUUUAAGUGACCCAACUUACCAAGACUUUAAAAAGGUCUUUGACAAAUUUAAUGCUGAUGAAUUUUCUGACUCCAAAGAUGAUAUUAAAGAUAAAAAUCAAUCCAAUGAUAAAGAAGAUAUGUUUUAUAGUGAUGAUGAAAAACCUUUAUCCAACUCUAUUUUAGAGUUGGAGCAGGGUUUAGAUCCCACCUCCGAAUUUUCCAAUAAUAAUACUAAUCACAAAAAUACCAGUACCAAUAAUAAUAAUAAUGAAAAUCAACUUGAAAAACUAAGUAAAAGAAAAUUACGGAAAUUAAAUAAAAUUCCUUUAUCCGUAUUAAAAGUCGAAGCCAAAAGACCCGAAAUGGUUGAAUGGUUUGAUGUUGACGCCCCAUAUCCAAAACUAUUGGUUCAAAUUAAAUGCUUAAAGAACAUAGUACCGAUUCCCUUCCAUUGGCAAAUUAAAAGAGAAUAUUUAUCUUCAAAAAGAGGUAUCGAAAAGAAGCCCUUUGAAUUACCUGAAUUCAUACGUAAUACUGGUAUAACCGAUAUGAGAGAUACAACUCAAUUAAACGAAUCAACUUUAAAACAAAGAACAAGAGAAAAAACUCAACCCAAAAUGGGGAAAAUUGAUAUUGAUUAUCAAAAAUUACAUCAAGCGUUUUUCAAAUAUCAAAAAAAACCAAAAUUGUUGAAAUAUGGCCAACUCUAUUAUGAAGGAAGAGAAAAUGAUGAAAUUGAAAUCUCGGAUUUUAGACCAGGAAAAUUAUCAAAAAGAUUAUAUUAUGCAUUGGGAAUACCAGAAGGUGCUCUUCCUCCCUGGAUAAUGAAUAUGCAGCGAUUUGGAACUCCUCCUAGUUAUCCCAAUUUAGUUAUUCCAGGAAUCAAUGUUCCUGACUUUAGUAAUCAAUAUACAAAUAAUCGUAAUGAAGAUAGCAUUAAUGAAGCUAAAAACAAUGCAUUAUUAGUUCCAAUUCAACCCACUGGAUGGGGCAAACUUAAAGAAGAUGAGGAAGAAGAUGAAAAUGAUGAGGAAGAAGAAGAAGGUGAUGUUGAUGUUGAUGCAAAAAUAAAUUCAAGUAGUGAAAGUGAUAACGACAGUGAUGAAGACAGCAAUAAUUAUAAAGAAAAUGAUGUUGAAGCUGUUCCUAUAAUUGAAUUUGGAACUACUGCUUCUCUUGAUGAUAUAGACAUGCCAUCAUUAUAUGAUAAAUCAAAAUCAGAAAAAGAAGAUAAUAAACCAAAGGUAUUAUAUCAAGUAUUGGAAGAAGAAAAAUACUCUGAUUCAAGGAAAGGCAAACAUACAUAUAGAUUACCAAGUCAAAAUCAAAGUCAAAAUCAAAAUCAAAAUCAAAAUCAAAAUCAAAAUCAAAAACAGAAUACUAAAGAUAACAACAAUGAUUCCACCUCAAAAAGAAAAAGAUAUGAUCGUUCCAAAUAUCAAAACGACUUCAAGUUUUGAUCAUAAUUACAACCAAAAGUUUAUAGUUACAUAUACAUAUAUCGCUAGCUACAAUUACAACUGUAAUUGUAAUUGUAAAUUGCAAUUGUAUUAUAUUCAAUAGAUAUGUUAGACCAAAUCUUAGGCCCCUGGCAUUUUCAAUGCAUA